AUGGCGUCGUCGUAUCACAAGAAGUAUGUGUUCCCGCUGCCACUAACGGACGCAUGGAAGGAGGAGAUCACGCUCAAGACCCGGGAGAAGCUCACGGACAUGCUCGGCGUCGAGGUGGACAACGUCAUGGCGGAAUACGUGAUCGUGAUGGUGGGCAACAAGAAGAAUCUCGAACAGAUUGCUCAUGACCUCGUGGAUUUCAUUGGCGACGAGUCGGCCGAGCAAUUUGUGACGUGGCUUGGGGAGCUCUUGCCCCUGUUUGAAGUACAAGCUCCUGCUGCUCGUGGGGCGCAAGUGUCAGCUGGAUCCGACAGUCAAGCAGACGAUGGGAUGCAGCCUCAAGCAGCAGAAACACCGAUGCAGGUGCUAAGAGAAGCGAAGAAGAAGGAGGAGAAGAACGCCCCGCCGAAGCGCGUCAUCAGCUUGAAGGGGCUCUCGAAGCCAUCGUCGGAGCCAGUAGUGCAGACCAAAAGCAGUGCCGGCAGCAGCUAUCGAGGCACGAUCAGGUCAUUGAACCCGUCAAAGUCUGACCUGGACGAUGUCAUUGCCCGACGGGCUCAGCGUUUUGGCGCCGUGGAGAAACCAGCGACGAAGAAAGCCUCGUCAUUGACGUCAGGAAGGGACGCCUCUUCUCGUAAGCGGGAGGAAACGAGGACGACGGGCGAAAAGCGGCGGGAAAUGGAGCGCGAUGGCAACAACCGGGUGUCAACACGACUGGGCCCUCCCGUCAAUGUUGACCAAGCUGAGCUAGACGCCCGUGACACGCUGGGCUCACACAAGAAGCGACGUGGAGAUCGCGAGCGCAACGACGAGCACGAGCACAGAGGUGCGCGUAGCAAUCGGAGAAAAGAUCCCGAUCGGGACCACGACAUGGAAGACGCGGGACGCAGUGACAAGCGGAGAAAUAACCGAUCUCGGGAUGUUGCUCCGCCUUUGCCCCCGUCGGACGGGAAAGAGGACCACAAAGCUCCGCAGGGAUACGGACAAGGAAUGGGGCCGCCCGCGGGCUUCCAGGGCGGUCCGAUGGGAUACGGCGGCUACCCACCGCCGUUUGGGGGUCCGAUGUUCUACCCUCCGCCGGGCUACGGACCCAUGAACCCGUACGCGAUGGGCUAUCCACCUCAAGGCAUGCCACCGUUCGGUGGCGCGGGCUAUCCUCGACCACUCGCCCCUGAUAUGCAGAAUGGCGGACGAGGGCCGCGGCCGUUCCAGAACCGCAAAUGGGUCAACCCGAAUGUGGCCAAGCCUGAGGAAGCAAAAGCGGAGGAAGGCAAGUCAGAAGCGGAUGCAGGCAGAGGCGAAGCAAGUGGUGUGCCUCAGAACACUGGUGCGCCGGCUUUUGCGCCGCGCAAUCCGUACUUCUCCUCGCAGAUGCGUCCGCGCUUCCAGAACAAGACGUGGGUGCGACAGGACCCUGCUAAGGACGGGGAGCUGGACUCGAGUCUGCCGAAGACUCCGCCAAAAGAGCUGCUCGAGAGCACUGAGUGA